AGAAGAAGCAGAAGAAGAAGAAAUGAAAAUAAAUUGUUAUCAGAGAUAAACAUUACUAAAGAAAUAUAUGCCGUGAGCAGCCAGUGAAAGGAAGUAGCUAUGAAAUAAAGCUAUGCAAAGUGUGAAGACUUAACUUUGGUGAUAACUUCUUGGACAGUUUGUUGACGUUAUGUUUCGAGAGUUGUAUCCCUUCGUGGAGGACAGUUUUAGCCGCUUUCCCUCGCAGAGUAACAUUUAUGGACUGUGUCAGGCCGGGGAACAGGAGUUGCUAGCGGCUACACUCAAAGGGAAGGUGGUCAGCUUCACGUACCAGGAGCUGCAGCAGAAAAUAAGACCAGUGGCCAAAGAGGUUCAGUUCACCUACAUACCAGUUGAUGCAGAGAUUGUGUCAAUUGAUGCAUUCAACAAGUCUUUACCCAAGAGAGGCCUUGUGGUGGGCAUCACAUUCAUAAAGGACUCUGGUGACAAAGCCACGCCCUUCCUGAAUAUCUACUGUGACUAUGAGCCCGGUUCAGAGUUCAACCUAGAGUCUAUUGCACAGAGUUGCCUAAAUCUGGAGUUGCAGUUCACGCCCUUUCAACUGUACCACACAGAAGUGCAGAGUGAUGAUGGAGGCAGAGAAACUGUGUUUCUGCUUAGUGGUCACGACCAGAGGAUCCACCUGUACAAGGAGAAUGCCUCACUCCACCAGUUUGAAGAGCAGCCAGUGGAGAGACUGUUCCCAGAGCUACAGCAAUUGCCUAGCAAUGUGUUAUGGAUGGACAUGAUGUGUAUAUCUGGUGGCCAAAGCUUGUCUGCAUUUGGCUGUCAGAACGGCUGUGUUGGACUGGCUGUGGUCAAACAGUUUGGACCAGAGGUUUUGCAGAGUUGGCGUGUUCAGUUCGACAGUCCAAUCUCCAUUGUGCUGCUAUUUCCUCUCAUCUGCCAAACACAGCCUGAUAUGCCCAGUGGAGAAAAAGGUUUUGGAGUUGAAGGCUACAAUCUUCUAGUAACUAGCACAAUAGAGAUGGCAGUUGUCUACAGAAAUGUCCAUGUGAAAGGCUUGUCCCACUCGCUAUGCCUCGCUGAGAGUGACCAGUGGGAUGCGGUGCUUUGUGCUCUGGUUAUUGACCUGGAUUUUGAUGGGCAGAAGGAGGUGCUGCUGGGAACAUAUGGACAGGAACUUCUGUGUUAUAAAUUCCAGCAUGGGGCAGCAGGAGAAGAAGGACACUUUGAGUUGUUGUGGCGACGGAGCUUCAAGAGUCCUUUACUGUCAAUCAUCUACUUAGACCUGACAGGGGACGGUUUGAGAGAGCUGGCUGUCCUCACGUUGAAGGGACUGCAUAUCUUACAGCAUAGUCUCACUAGCACCGCUGAUCUGGUCUUGGAGCGUCUUGCCAGGAGGGUGGCAGAUCUGGCUGUUGACUCUAAGCCAGAGUCAACUGAAGGUCGACAUACCCAUGAAAAGGAUGCGCCUAAGGAGGAGGACUUCACACAUCAUACAUCUUCAAAUUAACAAACAGUAUUUUGAUGCAUCUUUGACUCAACAUUAGCUACAUAGUCACAUUUUUACAAGAGCUUUAUAAUUAUUAGUGGUGGAACCUUAACGUGUUAAUCACGAUUAAUUAAUUACAAAAAAUUAGUGUGUGAAAAAUAUUGACGCAUUUUAAUCACAGUUUGCUUUCCAAACAAACGCAGAACCGUUGUCUGUCUGUGCACAAUUUCCUGGUACACCGAUUACACUGACGCACAUGUCAGAGGUCUUGACUAACCAUAUCGCCAAAGAUGAAUGGGUACAUACGCCAGCCCAAUGAAGCAGCCCGGCUAACCGACAUGGCCAUAUAGCGGCCAUGUUGCGGAGGUCGACGGUCCCAUAGAAGGCAAUGCAUGGACACUGAAAUUAAGUCGUAACUUGCUUUUCCCUCACUCGAUUUUCAUGAGGGUUACUGUUUUGCCAACGCCAAAGCCUAUGCUAUCAAUAAACAACAUUUUUAAGAGAGCAAAAAAUAACAUUUCAAUAUUUAUUUUCAUGUGAAAGGGACUCACAGUUCCCUUGUAAUUGUACGGCGAUUUACGCAACAAUAUGCAACGCAUUUUGGUUUUCUUGCCGUACACGCACGGUGAAUCCAUUGACAACUUUGACUUCCCUAGCUUAGUGUUGCAGUCGGCACGGCGCUCAAAAUGGGCGUGUCGUAUCUACCAAUACAUAUCUGUGCAUAUCUUUGUGUUCUAAAGGCUAACACAAUGGAGGAAUCGGAUGAAGGACUGUUGGGAGGCAAAUUUAACGUCCAAAAAACUACUCAAUGGAAGCCACAAUAAAAGCGUGGUUUUGUGCAGACUAUGCCUACCAUCAGAGCACUUCAACCCUCCUGUACAAUCUAAAUGCAAAGCAUGUCGGAGCUAGCACAGAAAAGUUAGCGCUAGCAGUCACGAUACGAGUUUUAAGAGCAAGUGACUGGAUUCAGGACCAAACCUAGAAAGUCAACACGUAGUGGUCUUUGCAGACAAAUGAUUCUAAAAUGUGUGACAGAUAGCGACAUGCGACCCAAGUUUUCAGCUGCCAUGCAGAAAGACUUUCAGGCAAAAUUUAACAACUUUAUGGCACCGAAAAGCAAGCAAAAUUGGACGCUUGGGGAUCAUGCUAAUAAUAGAAAUUACAUAGGCGUCAGUGCACACAUUGCUGAUGUCACAGACGGGACAUGACAUCUACAGUCUUUUGCCCUGGCUGUGGAGAAUACAGUCACCAGACACUAUGCUGAAAACUGUGCAGAGCAAUUUCUCUCUGUGGCAGACGGGGAAUUCUACGAAAGGUAACCAUAAUUGGAACAGACAGUGCAUGGACAAUGACGGCUGCAGCAAGACACCUCCCAUUCCAACACAUGCCUUAGAUUGCAAAGAGCCAUCACUAUUAGCCUUGCUGAUAGUGGGUUUAGUGAUGCAAACUUGAAGUUAAAAGAAAUAUAAUUAAAUGACACUUUUUAAGAUUA